CUUUUUUAGAUACUGGAUACUUCUUUUAUCACAAUGGCGUUGCCAAAGCCAGGAGAAGACACAGUCUUCAACACAAGCUUCAUCUGGAAAAGGAUUCCAGGGUAAAGAAAGUUGUGCAACAGGAAGGCUUCAGCAGAAGGAAGCGAGGAUAUAGAGACAUCAAUGACAUCGAUAUCAACAUGAAUGAUCCUUUAUUUACAAAGCAAUGGUACCUGAUUAACACUGGUCAAGCAGAUGGGACUCCUGGACUUGACCUUAAUGUAGCUGAAGCAUGGGAGCUGGGAUACACAGGGAAGGGAGUUACAAUAGGAAUUAUGGAUGAUGGAAUUGAUUAUCUGCAUCCCGAUCUUGCAUCAAAUUAUAAUGCCAAAGCCAGCUAUGACUUCAGCAGUAAUGAUCCCUACCCCUACCCCCGCUAUACAGAUGACUGGUUUAACAGAUUUAGCAGCUCUUUCUACCUUCAGUGUUAUGACACGAGAGUCAAGGAAGAGCUACAGCACUACUUCUGGUUCUUG